AUGAAUUUUAAGGGAGAACAGAUAAGGCACAGCAAGUGCCAGCUGGUGCGUCGGCCUGUGCGGGGAGAGGAGAGGGAGAAACUGGCACAGAGCCUGAAGCACCAGCUGCCCAGAACCCUCCACCUAGAAAAGCUGGGCUCCCUAGAUGAGGAUGUAUUUGACUCUGGGUGCCGGGAUGGCGUGCCAACCCCUGGAACGCUGAAGACCUUGAGUUCGGCCCAAAGGGCGAAGGCACGUCAUCACGAGGAGGACCUCAUAAGUCUUACCCUGAUGGCCAGAAAAGAGGACAGCCUCAUCCAGCAGAUUUCGGCAAAGCCGAAGUCCGUUAUGCUGUGGUCUGCUAAGACCAUAGCUGUCUUCUUUAAGAGAUGCAGGGAGGACAUAAUUUACAUUGAUGCUACCGGAAGCAUCAUACACAGAGACCCGGUAGACCACAAACCAAUUUACAUCUAUGAAAUUGUGACAAGACACCCCAACAAGGGAAGCUCACCGUUGCCUGUGGCCACAUUUGCCACAAGUGACCAUACGACACCAUCGGUGUCCCAUUUUGUUGGCGCUUUCCUAACCGAUGUGGUAAGACUUCAUGGCCAGUCUGCAAGAAAAAGGCCGGUGAUGCUCAUGUGCGAUGGCUCAAUCGUGCUGCUGCAAUCCCUCGCCAUGAAUUUCUGCGGGAUGUCUCUUGCAGAGCUCCUCAGAAGGUACCAUGACCUAGUGAUGGGAGAAGGCAAGGAGGAAGACUCCACAUUGCCCAUCCUUCACCGCUGCCUAAGCCAUGUCAUGAACAAUGCAAAGAGCCUCUGCAAGAAGCAGUGA